CUCUGUCCCACCUAUUUUGCCACAUUUGGUUGACGUUUUCCCAGAUAAUACUCUUGACCUCUGCCUUACUGAUGUUAACUCUCAUUUCUAUGUCUCCUUUCUUUAAAGCACUCUUUGCCAACUUGUCUGCCCUCUCAUUCCCACUCACCCCUAUUUGUGCUGGAACCCACAUGAAUUUCACCUGACCUCCCUGGUUGGUAACACGUGUGACCGACUGAAGGACCUCAUAGAGAAUAUCUUGCCGACUGCUUGAAUGAAAAGAUCUGAUGCUUGCUAGGACUGAGGCUGCAUCGGAGCAUAUUAACACCUUGCCCUGUUUUGCCUUUUCCACCCAUCGUAACGCCACCAGCACUGCCACCAUCUCCACUGUGUAGACCCCUAGCCUAUCAGAUGUUCUCCUGUUGAUCCCUACUCCUUUAUCUGGUAUUGCCACCCCAAAUCCUGUCAGUCCCGUCUCAGGUUUCUUCGCACCGUCCGUAUAAAUCAUAGUAUACUCACUGUAUAUUUCCGUGACUCGAUAUUCAAAUGCACUUAACAAAUCCCCUUUUCCUUUCUCUUCUCUUUUUAAAUCUAACAGAUACCAGUCUACUUCAGGCCACACCAGUGUCCAUGGAGCCACCACCGGACCGCCUGCAACACUCCUUUUGCAGGAUGGUGAGCCUGCUGAUGAUCGGCAUCGCAGCGUGGGGGAAGUGGUUCGGUCUGGUCUCCAGUUUCCAGGUGGUGGGCGGCGUCAUCGGUGUGGGCGUCUUCCUCUUCUUUGUGGCCCUGGCCGGCCUCAUUGGGGCCAUGAAGCAUCAUCAGGUCCUGCUCUUCUUCUACAUGAUUGUUCUGUUCAUGGUGUUUAUUGUGCAGUUCUCUGUGUCCAGCGCCUGCUUGGCUAUCAACACCGAGCAGCAGGAUCGCCUGCUGGAGGUGGGCUGGAAUAACUCUCAGGGCACUCAGAGGGAUGUGGAGAAGAGCCUCAACUGCUGUGGCUUCAAACAGGUGGAGCCCAGCCUCAUCUGUGACGCUGCUUGUUUCCACAACCGCUCCUGUCUGCCCUGUGCAGAGAAGAUCCAGGAACAUGCUGGAGAGGUUCUCCACUUUGUCGGAGGGAUCGGAUUCUUUUUCAGCUUUACUGAAAUUCUGGGAGUGUGGCUCACAUAUCGCACAGGAACCAGAAAGACCCCCGAGCCAACCCCAGUGCUUUCCUGUGAGGCGGCAGCAGGGCGGGGAUUGAACCUCCAACCCCCUGAUUGAAAGACAGACCUGCUACCCACUGGCCCAUAGCCGCCACGUGUUCUGGAGACAAGUGGCUGUGUGUGAGGAACAGCACGUGUGUGACAGCUCUGCAUAAGGACAUAUGCACUUAGUACACUGAGUUAUUGGGGGUGUAAAAGAGGCAAUAUUGUCUCCAGCCAUCUGCUGUACAGCCCAAAGGUAUUCCUCAUGUAGCCCGCCUGAUGUUCUCCUUCCCUUUGUUGUUGUUGUCUGUCCACUCAAUGCAAUAAUGUCUACGGCUACUUUGCAUAUUAAGAUGACUACGUUAUUCUGACUAUGUGUGAAAGUGUGAAUGUUGUCUGAGGUGUGUACGUCACUGGGGUACCAGUGUGUCUGUGGUAUAUUUGGACUUUUGCAUGAUUCCUUGACUGUUUAUUGAGCCACAUGAUGUUUCUGUUUGGUCCUUUAUACUAUUAUACUAUUAACCGCAAUAAAACACUGAUCUUUU